UCAGACCGAAGACGGCAGCCAUGAGACCAGUUUGUUUAAUAUUACUAGUGUUGAUCGGAGUUGGUUGUGCCGUGGCCAAAUUGAACCGUCUGCCUUUGCAAGUUAAUAGCAACUACACCAGGACCCAUGGAAAGGUGAAGGCAGAGAAGACCCUGCUGGCGGCCAAGUAUGGCUAUAACCUGGACACCACCUCCUCUGCCUCGGAGGGCACCGAGACCCUCCACGACAGCGCCGAUCGCGAGUACUACGGCCUGGUCAGCAUCGGUACCCCCAAGCAGAAUUUCAAUAUUUUAUUCGACACCGGAUCGGCUAAUCUUUGGGUCCCAAGUGCCAAGUGCCCAGCCUCGAAUAAGGCCUGUCAAAAGCACAACAAGUACCACUCCGCAGAGUCUAGCACCUAUGUGGCCAAUGGGGAGAGUUUCUCCAUUGAAUACGGAACCGGAAGCCUCUCUGGAUUUCUGUCCACCGAUACCGUGGAAGUGGCUGGAAUUAAAAUCAAGGAUCAGACGUUCGCCGAGGCUAUCGAUGAACCGGGAAGCACCUUUACUGAUGCCAACUUUGCCGGAAUCAUGGGCCUGGCUUUCAAGUCAAUCGCCGUGGAUGGUGUGACCCCGCCGUGGGACAACAUGAUUGCCCAGAAACUGCUCGACGAGCCAGUGAUCUCCUUCUAUUUGAAGCGCAAGGGAACCGCUGUCCAAGGCGGUGAAAUGAUCCUGGGUGGCAUUGAUUCCAGCCUCUAUAAGGGAAGCCUUACCUGGGUGCCAGUCACCAAAGCUGCCUACUGGCAAUUCAAAAUUACCGCCAUCAAGACCAAGGGUGAAUUCAUCAGCCGGAACACCCAGGCCAUCGCCGAUACUGGAACUUCCCUGAUCGUCCUCCCAGAGGCUGCCUACAUCAAAAUCAAUAGGUUCAUUGGCGCUGAGGAUAAUGGCGAAGGAGAGGCCUUUGUCAGAUGCAGCAGGGUCUCGUCCUUGCCGAACAUUAAUCUCUAUAUCGGGGAUAGAUUCUUUACUCUCAAGCCCAGUGAUUAUAUAAUCAGGAUUACCGAGAAUGGGGAAACCUACUGCAUGUCGGUCUUCACCUACAUGGAGGGCAACACUUUGGUUAUCCUGGGUGAUGUUUUCAUCGGAAAGUUCUACACAGUCUUCGACAAGGGCAAUAACAGGAUCGGAUUCGCACCAGUUGCUAAUUAAAUGAUUACUUUUUGAUGAAUUUUUAUUAAAUAAAGUUUGA